AUGAACGAACCAGAAAAAAAUAACUUUGCUUGUGAAAUGUGUAAAAUAAAUCACACGUCGGCCAUUUUCAAAAGUUGGAAAAUUAUUCCAUUUCUCAGCAUAAAAGCUGUAGACAUGUGGCUGCCUGAAAACUGGAAACAAAAGAAAAACUUAAAGCUGCACGACCUGAGAAAUAAUACCAAGAGGAAAAUUCACGACCAUAGCAUUGAAGAGUGA